UCAUACAGAAGCACAAAAACAUCCAAUCUUCUUUUGUUGAAAGGAUGCCUGUUUUGGAUGAAUCAACUUAUGUAGGAAGGAAAGAUGGCUCUUCAACAUAUGUUCCUGCUGUCAAACCCAGCAAGGCAAACCUUUCAGGGACUUCACUAAAUCUUCAGAAUGGAGUGACGAAGCCACCAGCGGCAUCUAUGGGGGAUUUGCUUGAUUUGAGCUCCAAUGAUGUCCCUGCUACUAAGUCAUCAACCAGCGAUUUUCUGCAGGACCUAUUGGGCAUUGAUUUGGGGACCCCUGUGCCAUCAGGUGCUGCUUUCUCUGGAGGCUCAGAUAUUUUAAUGGAUCUUUUAUCGAUUGGCUCUCCUAUUCCGAAUGAUUCAUCACCACCAAAUAGUGUCUCGAGCAGUGUGGCAAAUUCUUCAGCAGUUGCUCUGGAUCAAUUUUCAUCUUGAAUUUCUACAUCUUCGUCCC